CCCGGAGUGAGAGCUUGCCAAAUCCCGGUGUUCCCGAGCCGACAACGUGACUACGAACGCGUUUACAAUACACGCAGCUUACUCAACGCAUUUCGUAAUCUGGACUAGCAUCAAAUUGUUAAAAAAAAAUAUUGACUGUGUCUCGUGCUAUUGUUUGUGAAAAGUGUCUCAAGAUGUUGGACAAGUCCAUCCUUGGUGGCAGUUGGGAAAGUGUGGUGUCGAGGGAUGACUACGAAAUUGACUACAGUCCGAGUCCAAGAGGUUCGCCCUUGAAGGACACGUCCAACAUUCAAGAUGAUCAGCCCUACUGUAUCAGCCGUCACAACCCCAACAAGACUUUCCGUCGAGAAUCUGUAAUCGCUUCAUGGAAGCAUUUGAAGAAGGAAAGGGAGCAAGCAUUAGGAAAGCGCGUGGUGUAUGUCGAUGCUGACAGCUACCAGGAUUACUAUGGUCGGAAUAAAGUCAAAAGGUGCAAGAGCGAAAGAACUGCUUGCUCUCCUCGAGUACCAAAGAAGGUAAAACGCACGUACUCUGUUUUAUACCGAUACGAUCCAAAUGAAGAGAAAGUCGUCAAAGAGUAUAAAUACCAGCUACCCAAAGAACAAGAAGCCCCAGAAGAUGCUACUUAUACGCCGAUGCAGAGGUCCGUUUCCGAGCCAUUCUUGCACCCUGAUAGAGUACCAAAGAAGAAAGUUAAGAGAUCCAUUACAACACUAUUAAACAUCAAGACCAAAUUCCUCAACAUCUUCACAUCAAAGAGUUAAUUAAGAAUUUAGUGCCUUUUAGGACUAAUUCAAUGGGUGAAUAAAAUUUAUUGGUUAGAUAAAUCAUAAUAUCGCCAAAAACAAAAAGUGCCGAAGCGAAAAAUUAGCCAUUGACAUUACUUUGUUUCUUGGCCCUGUUGCAAUUUAUCUUACAAAUAUCUUUUACCUGUCUAUUAAAACUUGUUCUUUGGGAAGUAGUUGCUCAAUCCAAUGCAUUUUUAUAUUAAGGGCGUCAUGCAAAUUUUUGAUGGGAUCAAUUAGUUUGUUUGCCAAAUUAGUUGUAAGAAUUAAGUUUAAGUCUUUUAUAGUAUAGUAAUUUGCUAUUAUUAAUAAACUCUAAACCUAUAUACCGAGCCUUGCAUCAUGAUAGCAUUAUGUUAAUGACAAACAGACAUAGCCAAAAAAUCAGGUGUAGAUGAAAUAGACCUAACUAAAAUAUUAUUGAAUAACAUAACCUAGAUGAGUAGGUUUUUCUACUGUACCAAAUGUAUUUUAACUAAACUUAAACAUACAUAUAAUUGUGAUAUAUGUACGUGUGUUGUGAUCUGUGUAUGUAGACCACUAAAUGAUGAAAUCAUUACAAAUAAAUUAGUUAAUGUCAUGUAUUUUGAAUUAGUAAAUUAAAAACAUAAAUUUGUCAAAUAUUAUAUAAUAAGAGAAAAAUUAAAGAUGUAAUAAAACAGUAAUAUAAUAAUAUGAAUGAAAUGGAUGAUAGUGGAUAAGAAUUUAAAUUGUUGUCAAUUGUAAUGAAUAGGAGAUGUAUUGAAUUUAAAACGGAGCUAAUGUUAAAAUUUAAAGCAAUUUAUUCAAUUAAAAAAAAGCUGUAUAUUAUUGAGGUGUCAAUAAUAAAACAUGCGUAUAUCUAACACAUCACAAAAGUUUAUUUAAACUGUGAGGUCAUAAGGAAAAAACAUUGUAUCUAAUACAAUACUUGUUUAUUGUUUAGAAAUGCAAAGUGAUAUUAUAAAAGCAAAUUAUUUUUAAUUCUAAAUUUUGUAAAUUAUUAAUAAUAAUAAGUACAAAGAUGUUAAUAAAAACAAAUGGCUGUAGGUAGUAAAAUAUCUACAGUCUACUUGUCUAUGCCAAAGCCAAGUGAGGAAAUGACAAUAGGAAAACCUAUCUCGGCUAUAGGACAAAUUAGAUUGAAUUAAUAAAUUAACGAAUUAGUCAUAUCAAUGGUUUCAUUCCUGUUAUGUAAGAGUUAGUGGGUAUGUAGAUUUUUAAGUAUAAUAAUAUAUGGUAUUAUGAUGAAAUAUAUGCAUAAUUUCAGUCUCAAAUGUAAUGCCAAAAGUUAUUAUGCAAAUUCAAGUUCACUACUUUCGAUCCAAAAAGUGAACGUUUGUAACGUUUUAAAAUUGAUACCAAAAUGUAGAAUAUAUUUUCAUCUUAAAUCCCUUACU